AUGUCACCGCUAAAACCAACAGCGCCAUGCGGUGCCUGGAUGAUUACUUCAAAUGUUGGUCGCAUUAAACAGUUUUUUAAUUUUGUAAACCAGAUUAAUGGAAAAAUUAAAUUCAUGAUGAAAAUAGAGGAAGGUGAGCGGUUACCGUUUUUGGAUGUGGAAGUAAUUCGCUCUAAUGGGACGCUCAAGAAGAAAUUGUGCAGAAAGAGUGCUUCUUCUGAACUUGCACUAUGCGAAACAGUCUGUGCACACUGUGUUGGCCUUGGCUGUCGCAUCGCGUUACCUCUUUCAUCGUUGCGUAGUGAUUCUACCAUUCGACCUUCCAUCCCAGUCGGAGCUCACAACCCAGAUACAGCCACGUGUGUUACACCUGAUCUCGAGGAUUUACCAUAUCUCGCCAACAUCCAUACGUUUAUGAAUACCGGACUCGACAUACCUACGCAUAAGAGCCAAGCGACUUUGAUGACUCAGACUGGGCCUCUGUUGCCAGGAGGUUUAGCCUGGCAGUGUUCCAAUCUGACAUGUGCUUGGCAUAGUCGGCGCCUGCUAGCUACUGAGAAUAUGGCCGACAAAUUAUCUCGAUGGCCCUCUAUUCUACGUCGGCAGGACUCAACGGCUUCUUGGGAAGCCUCCGAAAUCAUUUAA